AUGGAAUCCCGCACGAUCAAAGCCAAGUACAAAGCAGCCAUCGACCAACUCGUGUUGGAACGCACGUUUGUGUCGACGUACACACAGAGCUACAUCACCGACCCGUUCCUGCGCAUCAACGGGCUCUCCGAGUACAUUACCUGGCCGCUGCCCACACGCCAGGAAACGCAAAUCGCGUCGCUUUACACGAGCGACGUCAUUCCCGCAUCGGCUUUUCGCAUCAACAACCACGUGGGCUGGAACGCAUUUCUCGAUGACGUGCUCGUCAGCGUCCGCAAGGACUUUGGCCAAGAGCACGCGACUGCAACACUCUCCCACCUCUGCUUUGACGCCAAUGGCAAUUCGACGGCCCUCGCUCCGAGCGCAGAGGUGCCAAACACGCUCGGCGUGCUCAUCAUUUGGCUGCCGUCGACGUACGUGGGCGGUGGCCUAUUCUUUCAGAGCGAUCAUCGCAGUGAGACGGUGGACGAAAUGCCGGUGGCCAAGGCGACGCUGCAGUGCUUGGCCACUUACUCGAGCACACAACUGGUCUCGACACGGAUCAUGAUCGGUCGACGCGUCGCGCUCGUCUACAACUUGGUCUGCACAAAGCCCGAGUCUGGGUUUCGGACCGCGCCACAAGCCCAAGAGGUGGCGGUCGCCGCGCUGCUGGACAUUGCAAAUGAGCCAUUGCACCGACAACCCCUCGUGUUUCGGUACAUUACCAAGCCAUCGGGACGCUCGUUCGGGGAGCUUCCCCUCGCGGGGGCGGAACGCGUGCUGCCGUUGUCGCGCAGCGUCGUCCUCGCAGAGUUCACGGCAAGAGCGCAACGACCACUCGAGAUCGACUCGACGCGGGAGUUUCUACUCGGCGCCAUGUCAAUGUUUACGACCCUGGGGGCGAGUCGACUCCCGUUCGAGAUGGACGCCGUGGCGUCGAUGGGGUCGCUGCUUCUCGCGUACAACGAAUGCGACCUCGUGCGACUCUUUGUGGGCCACGUCGUCAGCGUCACGCCAACGACCCCCAUCGAUAGCAUUGCACCGCUUUUGCGCGCGUGCGUGGUGCAGUACGGCUGGGUGCGCCUGCGGCCAGCGAUCUUGAGUCUCAUUGAUCGCUGGGUGCCAAGCCACACGGGCGAGGUGCUCCAGCUACUAGCAAGUCUUGUGGGGAUCACUCACGACGCCGUGUGUCCCCCGCUGCGUCACGAAGACGUCGCGGCGCUCGUCGCGACGAGCUGGCGUCAGGUACUCGCGCACGAGCGUCUUUUCGCCAACGAUCGCGAUCCAGUACCGACGUUCGUCGCGCACUACUUGCUGCUGCAGUGGCAUAUGACCCUGCCGGGUGCCUCCGAAGGUAGCUGCCUCGCCCACAAACUACCGACGGUGCUCGUGCAACUCGUCGAGAGCUUUGUGUCCCCGAAAAGCACGGAUGUUUUGGUGCAGCUCCAGGCGCCAUUUUUCGGGAUCUACAGCAUCGACGACGGACGCAGUGACGACGAGGAAGGGGACGCGACAAGCUAUAUCGCUGUCGAUACCAUCCGCUUCUCGAUAGCCCUUGUGAUGACGCUGCCUCAGGCGCUUGCCGCUGUCUUGCGCAGCCAGCCCAACAUGCCACUGGACGCGUACGCAGAAGCUCUUGUAGCGGCCGUCGACACUGUCAGCACUCACGAAAUUUCGCGACGGAUCAAAACCAUGUCCCUGCCCAGCAUUGGCUGCAUCGUGACAUCGCUGGAUGCGACCGGGCGCUGUAGUGCAGCUGUCUUGGCGCACAUGUGGGAAAUCUGGCGCUUCUCGGUCGUGGCGGCCCUCGAUGCGCUUUUGAAGCGGCGACCCAUGCCGCUAUCGCCAGCUACGACAUUUCUCUUUGGCGACUUCCUCGUGGCGCUGGCGCCGCAGCUACCGCUAGUCGAGGGUUGGGCGUUGCGGCACCUCGAGCACAAGCGUGACUUUCCAUCGAUCACCGUCAACCAGCACCGCGCGGGGAUAUUCCCAGCCGCCCUUCGCAUUCUACUCGCUGUCGCACCAGACCACAUUGAAGCGUUUGCAGCGUCAUGGCUGCGCGCCGUGCCCUCAACGAUCGAGGCCAACCGAUUGCUGCUGCUGCCCGCCAUUUCUGCGCUUGCCGAGAAGAAGCUCGUGCGCGUGACGGCGCUCGUGGCAGCGAAAUGUUUGGCAACGUUCGACGCUGUUGGGGUCCGAGAGCCUCUUCCCGACGUUGCUGAUUUUAGCCUGCCCGACAUUUUCGUCAAUGACGCGCACUGCUCGGUGUGCGCUCACUUUCGCGACUUCCUCUGGGACAGAUGCCAAGACAACUUGUACUUGAGCAAGGAAACCGGCCAGUGCCAUAACGUCGCACGCAUUGCUGCAACGUAUCCGAGCUGCCUCGAGCUGACCCAAACCGAAUGGGCGUGGAAUAUUAACAAGCGGAAGGGCAACGUUACAAGCCGCGACGAGCUCGUGGAGGCCCUUCGCGUCAAACACAAACGCGAGAAGGACCGAGAAAUUGUCCUGUGGUUGGACAUCCUCGUCGCACAAGCUCCUGUGCAUCCGUACGACCCGGCGCAUCUGCCAAGGAAGCGGCAGCGUACUCUGGAAGGGACCGUCCACGGCUAGCAAGUGCUAUAGUCGAUGACAUAACACUGAACUUCAUGAAA